UGAGGGCAUGUUAAAGUUCGCGGAAAAAUUGCUAAUUAGCCUAAAUUAUAUAUAUAAAUUCGACCGUACAAACACCCCCACUCACUCACUACUCUCACAUCACACCAACAACCCGCCUCGUCUCCUCCUCGCCGAUUUGGAAAUGGCCGUCAACUCUGUCAGAGUCGCCGCUGCUCAGAUGACUUCCAUUAACGAUCUCGCUUCUAAUUUCGCCACCUGCUCUCGCCUCGUCAAAGAAGCAGCUUCGGCCGGAGCAAAAAUGAUCUGUUUUCCUGAAAGUUUCGCAUUCAUUGGUGCUCAAGAUGGAGAAAGUCUCAAAAUAGCACAACCUUUAGAUGGACCUAUGAUGCAACAAUACUGUUCUCUAGCUAGAGAAUCAAGUAUUUGGUUGUCACUUGGAGGGUUUCAAGAGAAAGGUCCUGAUGAGCAGCAUUUGUUUAAUACUCAUGUUGUAAUUGAUGAUAAUGGGAAAAUCAAAAGCACUUACAAGAAGAUACAUUUGUUUGAUGUAGAUAUUGCUGGUGAAAGGUCAUACAAGGAAAGCAACAUUACAGAAGCAGGGAAUAACAUUGUUUCAGUAGAUAGUCCUGUUGGACGAUUGGGUCUCACGGUUUGUUAUGAUCUAAGAUUUCCUGAGCUAUACCAGCAGCUAAGGUUCCAACAUGAAGCACAGGUCCUAUUGGUACCUGCGGCUUUCACAGUUGCAACAGGUCAGGCACACUGGGAGAUUCUUCUUCGUGCCCGUGCAAUUGAGACUCAGUGCUAUGUCAUUGCUGCCGCACAAACUGGAAAGCAUAAUGAUAAACGACAAAGCUAUGGCGAAACUUUGAUUAUUGAUCCAUGGGGAACAGUAGUUGGCCGACUUACUGAUCGAUUGUCAACAGGAAUUACUGUGGCCGAUAUAGAUUUCUCACUGCUUGAUUCAAUCAGAACAAGGAUGCCAAUUGCUAGGCAUAGGAAGCCUAUUGAAUUCUGGAAAUCUGCUUCCCUAUGAUAUAAAUCUACCAAUAUGUUGUAUUGUUUUGACUGUUUAAUAGACUUAAAUUAUUGGAGUUGUAAUUUACAAUUUACAAUUUUCUUUUUAAUUUUAUUUUCAAAUAAUACAUUGUACUUAUCAACCAUUGUCUCAACAAUAAAAAAUAGUGUAGGAAGAAAAAUGAAUAAUAAAAAUAGCUUUUUUGUCA